GUGAGCUUGUGCCGGGAGACCGCAUUGCACGUGGUCAAGCAUAAUUGAUAAUAGUAAAUAGUAGUAGUAGUAAUAAUAAAGAGGGGGAAUUAGCAUAAAGGAAAUAUUAGCUUGGAGACUGAGGGACGUUUUGGGAGCCGCCUCGAGAAGAGAUUUGCCGUUUCUCUCGUCUCCUUCUCCUUCUCCAUUCCUCCUCUUCUUCUUCUCGCGCUGUUUAGCUUAUGCUUAUCUGAGAUGGUAGAGCGAGAAGGCCUGGAUGGGCUGCAGCACCCUUCCCACACCCUCCACCACCCCACGCCCGCGGAAGCGCCUCACUACGCCCAUCCUGUCUUGGUGACUCUUUACCUUGUGGGAACUGUCCUGUGCGUGGUCAUGGCUUACUUUCUCGACACGUCCCGCAGGUCAACCAAGGGUCAGAGACAAGCCCCGCCCAGCGAUAACCUUAAUCCAGACUCCAGUGCUAUAAAGGAGCUGAUCCGCGAGCCAGGCGAGUGGGUUCGUCCCCUCGGCAGCCUGGAGCUCUUCAUGGCCGUAGGAGGCGAGUACGGGACGCUGAACACGGUCCUCGGGCUGUGGCUUUCGUCCAGGGAACCGAUCCGACCCGAGGACGUUCGCCAGGCGCUCACCGUCAUCGCGCAGAAGAACCACAUGCUGCAGAUGUGUGUGGUGUGGCGCGGGACCCGUCCGUGGUUCCGGCGCAUGGAGCAAGUCGUGGUGGACUUCGGCGUCGAGAACAAGGAUGUGAUGAGCGUGAACUCCGCCGAGCUUCACGCGCCCUACGACAUGUCGCGCGGCCCUCUGUGGCGCGCCAAGCUGGUGCCGCAGCCCGAGGAGUCGCGCGACGGCCUCCACAAGGCGGCGCUGCUGAUCAGCGUGCACCACUGCAUCACCGACGGCCUCACGAACGUGGUUCUCGGCCGGGACGUGAUGCGCGUCCUGAAUGCUUCCAUGAUGGGCAUGGAGCACAACGUGCCCUUCCGGGGCGUCAUCCCAGCCCUGCCGGACGCCCUCUUCAAGCGCUACGACUGGAUCUACGUCUUCAAAUAUUUCUGGAGCAAGCUCUUCGACACCUUCGUCAGGAAUUACAACCAGAAGCUCUACUUCAAAGGCAUCUUGCCGCAGCCCGAGACCAGAGUCGCCACGACGAAGGUCAUCAUGGACGAGAUCUCGGCGGAGGCAACGCAGCGGCUGGUGCAGCAAUGCAGGGCCGCCGGCGUCACCGUGCACGCCUGCAUCGUCGCCAUCGCCAACAUCGCCAUCUUCCGGGUCGCCCAGCAGCGUGCCAAGGGAAGAAUCGACUCUGCUCUCAUCAACACGGCCAACUGCAUCAAUAUGCGUCGCUACUUCCCCUCUGAGAACAAGGAGUCCCUGGGCUGCCACAUUUCCCUCGAUGAGACCGAGCUCCUCAUUCGGUCCGCCGACUUCACCGACAAGGACAGCUUCUGGGCGCUGGUCAAGCGGAUCUACGACAACCUCCAGGACAGCCUCAACGUCCACCACACGCCCGCCAAAAACUCGCCUCUCUUCCGCCCUUCCAGCCUCAUCUUCCACAUCAACUACGAGCUCACGCGCCGCGCCCGCCAGAACCGCACGCACUCGCACAUGAUCACCACCAACAUGGGCAACCUGCAGCACCUUCUGCCGGGCAAGUACGGCGACGGCCCCGUGGAGAUCACCCGCAUGCUUCGCUCGGUCUCCAGCGCGCUCGCCGGCCACGCGUGCACGCUCACCUUCCAGACCUUCGUCGGGAAGUUCAUGAUUUCCCUCGACUACUACUCCAACAAGAUGACCGACGACGUGGCCCAGCAGUUCUUCACGAACGUCAACACUUACAUAUUAAACCUCACCAAACACGGCUGCCUGGACGCGACGAGUCCCGAAGCGGUCAAGGGGACCUCCUCAGCGACGUAGACUGUACAUAGAUAUCCUGUAGCUGCUUUCCAUAACUUUAAUGAACAGAGUUUGGUGUAAGGGCAUGUUCUCUACAGACAUCUCUUCAGGCUUGUUCCAAAAUAGUAUGUAAUUAGAUAGUUGUUCUCGUUGAAACCUGAUAUUGCAUUUAAUCUCUGCCAUUGCAGAGAUGUUUUUUUCCUCAGAUCUAAAUCUUGAAAUUGUAUUACUAAUAUCCACUUAACCUACCUACUUCUUCCAUGUUUGGGUCUGUUUGCGACAUGACCGUCCCUUAGAAUUGUAAAUAGUGAUCAUGUAGACAGUAACUAACCAUUGUUAUUUUUUUGUUGUAAUCCUAAAGAAUCAUUCGAAAUAAGUCAGCUUUCUCAGGUUAAUUGGAAUUCCGUCGCUCUGGCUGGCGACUCAGCAUUCAAAAAACCUGGAAUCCGCGUGGCAAGAAGAGUGGAGAUCGCGAAGUCCUGGAAACACGAAUCCUGGUUUUAAAAGUCAAGAUGAAGUGCUGAAAUCAAACGGGCAAACGUAUUCCCUUUCAGUUAUCUCAAAGCACUUAUCCGCCCAAGUCAAGAUGUUCUCUCACUCUGACAGGAAAACCUGCCAUAUAUAUGUACGUGGUUCCUUGAAAUGUUACGCUGAUAUCCAAUAUUUCGGACUUUUGUUUUCAUCUUUUAAUAUUCUUUUGUUGAGAGCUGUCGUUCUGCUUUCCAGUGUAUAAAUAUAGCAUAUUCUUUUCUUCUUUGAAGAGAAGGUGGUGCUGAUUUUAAGCCAGGCUGCUUUAAAUCCAUUCAUCUUCCAUUUUUGAGAAUAAUAACAAUAAUAACAAUAAAGCAUAUUUCCAUCUUUGAAAAGAAGGUGCUGUUGAUUUUAACCCAGGCUGCUUUAAAUUCAUUCAUCUUCCAUUUUUGAUAAUGAUAACAAUAACGAUAACAAUAAUCGCAGUGAUAAUAUUAACAUUAAUCAUAUCCAUAAUCGCGAUAAUGAUAAUAACAAGGAUAGUUCUAAUAAUAAUAAUAGUACUAAUAGUGUGAUGACCCAACAAACAAAGUAUUUCGAAAACACGGGUAGAUCCUAAACAUGUCCCUCAAAGAAUAAAGAAUCUAAGAGACAAAUAAAUAACUGAGAUAAUGUGCAGGUAUUAUAAUGCUUAUAAAUGUUGAUUGGUAUGAAAUGUUACAUUGCAGAAGGCGCGAAUGCAAUGAGAGCCAAGGCAUACCAAAGUGGAGGGGGGUAAUAUGUAUAAUCCUUUGCCUUUGUUUAAACAGUCUUAAAUAUUGAGGUUGACCCUCGGCAUGGAAUUAUCAAUGGACAUUUCUCCUUGAUGAUCCCGCGAAACAUGGAAUAUGUCAAUAAGUGGGCGUGACCAGUUUUGGACACGCCCACUUAGCGGCAAAGGGAAGACCUACGACCCCCAAUGAUUAUCAUCAGGGACGCAAAGGUGGAUAAAAUGGGUGAUUUCUCUAUUAUAGUUGCUACGUGCGGCUGUUAAAGGUGACUGGCAAAGUCCACUGUAUUUUGUAAAAGAUCCUGAAACGCUUUGAAGAGAUUAUAGGUUAGUCAAAGUAAUCUAGAUUUGCCUAGAAGCCACGCCUCUUCUCUACGGCUAAGGAGCUGAUUGGUUCACAUAAAAUGGACAUCGCUGCUUCCUCUUUUGUCUUAUGUUUUGUCAAAUUUAUUCCUGUUUAGCUCAAACUUCCUACAUUCGAAAGCAAUGUUGCUCCUGACUUUGACCAGAAUGUGAUAUAUAUGACAAAAAUAAAAUGAACCCCCUUUCGAAAAUCCCAACUGGUGAAUAUAUAACAUAAAUACAGUGUGAAUAAACAGUGACACAAAUACCGUAUCAAUGAAUAAAUUAGCUUCUUAGCUACGAAAGAGGCCUGAGGAUUCUUGGUAAAAUAAAAUGUAAAAUACAGUUGAUAGCAGUGAGUUGUGACUUAAGCUGUACUAUACAAAUUACAUUGCCUUUACGCCGAAAGAGUCUGUAAAUACUAUUUUUUAAGAGUAUAUUAUUUUUUCUACUCUGUAGAUCAUUACAUUAGACAUGUAGAAUGAUCUCAUCCUAAGUUGUUUAUAGUAACUUUAGUGAAAUCUUAACUCUGGGUGGUAGAUUUUUUAUGAUAAAAAAGAUGACAAUGGCAGGAGUGAGUCAGAGUAAGAUAUUUCCACAUCCUUGUCCUCCUACAUUUGGCAGUUUGAUAAUAAUAAAAUCAUAUUUAAGCAAA